AUUAACUUGCCACCGCCACACUGUAAGAAGAAGAUUCCAGUGUCUGUUGACAAAUGACUGUCGAAGCAAAGCUAGUCAAACUCAAUUGUGAAGUCCUUAUUCACAUAAUAUUCCGACAGCGAGAUAACUAACAGAGAUCAACAUGGCCGAGGAAGAGUUCACAGAUAUAAAUGGCAACUCGAUUUCUUUAGACUGCCAAACUCACUCAGCUUUCUGCAGAGAGUUUACUGUCACCUCACCGAAACUGUCCUUGCGCAAGGUGAUGGUGUACACCUGCUUUAUAUGGUUAUUUGCUUAUGCUAUAUUUUUCUUCACCGAGAACACUGCUGUCCUGUCGAGUGCAAUCCUCCUCACGCUGGCUGGGAUGAUGAUUCAUAUUCACUUUGUGAAGGUGGACCAUGAGACCCUUCUCAUAAUCGGCUCCCUCGGCGUCCAGCUGUCUUCAUCUUACGCAUCUGGACGAGAAAGCACGACUUUCAUUGAGAUGAGCAAGCUGAAAGACAUUGUCAUCAACGAGGCUGUUUAUAUGCACAGCAUUAUAUACUAUCUGUGCAUUCUGAUCAAGGACCCAGCAGAGCCUGAGACGGUGACAAGCGUUGUCCCUCUAUUCCAGAGUUCAAAGCCUCGGCUGAAUUGUUUGGUUCAAGUGUACAGGAGCUGUCAAGAGAUUCUAGCACAGACCAGAUGACACAGUGGUAAUGAGUCUUCCUUUGAAACAGGAUAAAGAUUGGAAAACCACAGAAUGAACCAUAAGCGUAUUGUUGGUAGUAUUUGUAUUGUUGCCUACACUACAUCUUUCUGUUACAUAUAGUGGUUUGUUAGAUGUUUGUUAGUAGUCUUACCUUAUUUAAAAACAUUAUUUUAUGAUUUGUUUUAUUGUUUUUCAUUGAAUAUUAUAACUGUUUGUUUUUUUCCUCAAUGAUUCUGACCUUAAAUAGCCACUAGGGGGACAUGUGUGCCAAUUUUUGGAAAGGGGAACAAAUUUAGUUUAUUAAAUAUAUUAAUGAUGAUAUUUCCUAUUUGGUACUGUUUUAACCAUAUGACAUUUUAAUGAUUAAUUUUUGUUUGAUUUUAAUUUAUUUUUUCGUAUUAAAGAAUCAAAAUGAAAACAACAUAAACCCCUUUCAUUAGAAUUCAAAUUGCAAAUGCCCAUUUGCUUGAUGAAUAAAAACAAUACAGAGAUUUUUAUUUGAAAGAAGUAUAGAGAAUCAAUGUAUUAUUCAGCUAUUAAAGCAAAUCUUAUUUGGCCACCAUUGUUGUGGGUCACUUGAGGGAUUAUGCUAAUCCGCCUCAUUCGCUUUUUGGUAGGUCAGCAUUUGAUUGUGUUCCAGCUUUUGUCAGGAUGUCUUGUUAUCCAAAGCAGUUUAUGUCCGAGAGUUAGCAUACAGGUUCAACUCACUCUAACUGGAUGAAGUGAGUUCAUUUGAGCUCAUUUUGCAGAAUUCAGAGCACCACCAAGCUUCUGAGUUACUUAGUUGGUGAUUUUGUUUUUUUCUUAUAAAUUAUAUAUUUUAUUGGUGUCCGAAUUUAUGUUCAAAUACUGUGAAUACCAAGUGGAAAUAUAUACUGUGGUUUCCUGUUCAUAGUAAAUGCUUUCUAGGGGUCAGACAACAGAAGGCAAGUGAUCCUUUUUUGCAAUAUCAGUUUCAUAGUAUUUCUGGGGCACAGCUGUUGUGAACAUCCAUCACACUAGAUCUUACUAAAUCUUACUGUCUUCUGUUGUUUCGUGGAACACAAAACUAGGUUUUUUGUUGUUGCUGUGUUUACCUUUUCUUAUGAUUCCACUAAUCUUUACAUAUUCUGAGAAAUGUUUUCCAUGUCACCUCUGUAUUUUUUUAAUAGUCUGCAGUUUCCUUAUAGGAACUCGCUGCCUGUUGCAUAGACAAGGGUUAGAGUUGUCAUUCGAGUUUACCUGUUUGGGAAAAGGAAAGAGAAACCACCCAUAUUUAUUUGUGUUCAUGCUGCUUUGUGUUUACACACAGUGAAACAUUCCCUUCACUUUUGAAAGCAGCUAUCAACAAUGAUUAAGAACACUGAUUACCCUCUAACUUAAAUGAAUAUUAUGGGUUCAGUACAAGUUAAACUCAAAUGACAGCAUAUCUGUUGAUUACCACAGAAAAUAAUUUCAACAAAUUCACUUUUUUUCUUAAAUAAAGCAGCUAAAAUAGUUAGUGAGGCACUUACAAUGGAAUUAAGUGGAGCUGAUCUGUAAAUGGAGCUAGCCACGAGAUGUGAAUAAUAUUUGUGUUAACAUGACUCUAGUGUAAAAAAAUAAUCGAUUACUGACAUUUUCUGUGUAAAAUUAGCCUGCCCUUUGUUGGCAAGGUUUUUUAAAAAUGCUUUUGAAACAGUAAUAUUCAAAAAUAUUAUAACAAUUUAAAAAUAACUAUUUUCUAUUUUCAUAAAAUGUAAUUUAUUCCUGUGAA